AUUAAAAAAAACCCACAUUUUACCUAAGAAUAAAACAAUUCUAUGUCGCCCUGUAUCGGCCUCUUACCGUGGCUUUUAUCAUCCAGUAAGACGGGUAGCUAGAUAUGAUAUAAACCACAGAUUAGAAAACGAUAUAAAAACAAACGUUAUUGUUUUACUGAAUAACAAAAAAGCGAUUAUAAUCAUGCGGAUACUAGCCCUGGUGAUUUUUGUUGGCAUAGCCUCAGCUGAAGGAACCCGCAUUGUUGGCGGAGACCCCACUACCAUCGACAAAUACCCGUCGAUAGUUCAAGUGGAUGGUCUGGGAUUCUUCUCGGGAGUAUGGGGCCAGAUCUGCGCUGCCAAUAUCCUCAACGUCUUGUAUGUCCUGUCAGCUGCACACUGCUUUCUUGGAGCGUUGUACACUCCGCAAAGACGCCGCAUCAGGGCUGGUAGUACAUUCCGUAACGCCAGUGGUAUUAUCCUGGAAGUCGAUCGUGAAUUCAAUCAUCCUACCUAUGGCUUGCUCGAUCACGACGGAGACAUUACAGUUGUUCGUUUGAGAACCCCAUUCGUGUACAGUAAUGUCAUUCAGCCGGGAGCAAUCGUCAUGCCGAAUUACGAGGUACCGGAUAACCAGCCCGUCGUCCACGCCGGCUGGGGGGCCACAAGUCAAGGAGGCGAGGCGUCUGAUGUACUUUUGGACGUCACAAUCUACACUGUGAACAGGCAGUUAUGCGCUGAUAGAUACUCCACCCUGGGUGAUAUUAUAACCGAGAACAUGAUUUGCGCUGGUAUUUUGGACGUGGGCGGCAAGGACGCCUGCCAAGGUGACUCUGGGGGUCCACUGUAUUUCCAUAACGUGCUUGUUGGUGUGGUUUCCUGGGGAGAAGGCUGCGCGAACAAUACCUUCCCCGGAGUCAGUGCCGCGGUGUCUCCAUACACUCAAUGGAUCGUCGACACGGCUGUUUAAAUUAAUUACAAAUAAAUUACCUACAAUGUU